AAAAUUCAUUAGCCAGCGACGGCGGCGGCGGCGACGGCUCUCUCAUUAUAAAUUCGUGCCUUGAUCGGCCGAGCGUUUAGAACGAAAGUUGCGUUCGACGAGAAAACUCGAGUAGCAAGUGCGCGCGAGAUCUUACACUGCGACGCGUAUAGUCGCAGUGUAAGCAGCAGUUUAGCAGUCUCAGUCGGUCCCGAUGUCGAGAACACCGCGUAACAUGUUUUUCCCGAUGUUCGCGCUGAGCGGCAAUAACACUGUGAUCGUCGGCACGACCGAUUUUAUGGAUUGUAAUUGUGAGUUUGUGGUUAUUUAGCUCCGAGAAUCCGCGAGCAGUGCCACCUCUGUUUUCACCCGCUUGUCGUACGAUAUGUGUGUUGAAUUUUCGCGAGGCUAUAAGUCGGAAAAGUGACGAUUUGCGCAGCGAGUCGCUCGGAGAGUAAACAGCGCAGAGUAGCUAGCGACGUAAAUAUUUACGUUUUUUCCGCUGUCCUGCACCACCGUCCGCGCUCCAGUUCAUCGCGUCGCGGUUUCGCCCAUCGGCACCAACAGUCCAGGAGCGGCCACGGAGACGUUCGGAGCGCCCGAAUAUUCGCCGAACAUCGAACGAUUCAAGAUCGACGAUUCAACAAUCAAGAUGACGAAAGUGUGUUGCGUAAGCCUGACUUUGGCGGCCAAACUCAUCGGGACUUUCGGAUUGUCCCUGUCGAUCCUGAUGAUCAACAUGCUGGUGAGCAACUUCUUCUCGACGCAGGAGGAGGAGGAAUUCGUGAUAGCCCUGGAGUCGUGGAUGCUCUUCGGCCUGAACUGGACUUAUGUCAUGAAGAGCCUCAAAGUUGUCGAGACGGCUCGCACACUGUUGACUUGCGUUCUUAUCUACUCGGCGCUCUCUCUCGUCGCUAAUGCUCUCUUGGCCUUGGGCUCUCUUUUGAAAAAACCGACUUACGUUCUACCGUGGAUGUAUAUGCAGAUGGUUAGCAUAAUUGACCAGACGAUCGCUUUGACUAUGCAAUUAACGCAAGAAGAGAAGGAUGAUCCGCAGGACGCCAAGUCGGUUUGGUACGUUCCCGCGUGCAGUAUUUACUUGUUGGUGAGCUCGUACUUCUGGAUGGUGGUGUCGUCGGCGCGGCGCGAGUGGAUCCUCAACGGCGACGACGAAUACGACGAGUUCACGACGGCGCGCUCGGCUCCGGUGCAGGUCUCCAACGACGCCAACAUGCCAAAGACGCCGUCGUUCCUCUCGAGGAACGUCGCCCUGGUCUGCGACUACCCGAGCCCACUCCCGCCGCCCAAGUACGACAUCGUCUGAUCCGAACAUGAAGUCUCCGACUAUACGGAUUUAGCGACAGCAGCGGCUCUGGUCAGCCGCUCGCGAGUAUCAUCUAGGUGUACAUAAAAUGUUAAUCAUCAGGCGGGGGAAUUCGGUACUGACUCAUCCGCACUCAAGCGAGACUUCCCUCGCUCAGCCAUACCUAUCAUUCUUCGUUAUAUAUUGCAGUACCUAUACAAUAUGCAUAGGGAUCGGCGAUAAUACCGGUUUUCGCUGACGAUUGCGCGCGCAUCUAGUAUAGUAUUUAUUUAUUUUUAUACGUAUGAAUUGAACGAUGCGAUUAUACAUUUGUUAUUGCGAUGCACCUGUGAUUUGACUGCGCAUGAAUAAAGACGAAUGAAUUUGCAUGUA